AUGGCUCAACGUGAGGGAAUUGUUGAUUUAUUGUAUCCUUUAUUUGUGAGAGAUAUAAAGAGAGUUAUUCAGACAGGUGUCACUCCAAAUUCUGCCAACGCCGCUGGUGGAGUAGCUUCAACUGCAGGUUCAGUCAACUCAGGUACAUCUGCUGCUGCCGGAACAGCUGGCCUUGCUUCUUCUGCACAUGCUACCACAAGCCCAAUAAAUGCUAAGGGUGUUCAACCCAAUUACUAUCCACAAUACAAUCAACAAUAUUCCUCCAAUCCCCAACAGCAGCAACAACAAGUACAACAACUGCAACAACAACAACAGCCACAAUAUGCGCAACAAUAUUCAACUCCCCAUCAGGCGGUUGCCUCCACUAACUCUACUGGACAGCAAUCUCCUCAACAACCUGCUGCCGUUAGUGCCGUGAGUGAGCCUCAACAAUAUCAACAACAACAACAGCAAUAUGCUUAUCAUCAAGGCUACUAUGGGGGCGCAGCCAAUGCUCAAACAAAUGCCAGCAACCAAUACUACCAAGCAUACUACAACACAAACUACGCUCAACAACCUCAACAAGGCUAUCAAUAUGGAUAUCAGGUCCCUCGAACACAAGGACCACCUCAACAACAACAAGCCCAACAGGGUACUCCAAAACAACAGCAACAACAAAUUCCACAACAACAGCAACAACAACAACCAAAUCCUGUCACUGCUCCUUCUCAUCCAUCCCCUCAUGGAUCAGUGAAAAGGCAUUCUCCACAUCUGCUUCAAGCACAACAUCUGCUGGCCCAAGGCUCUGAUGAACAGAAUCCUUCCAUGAAAAAGGAUUAG